AAGACAUGAUGACGAGCAGGAGGCAUGUAAUAUUAUAGCUGUCUCAGGACUGGGUUUGUUUGAAUGUUAGGGUUUGUGAUAUCGCCGCACACUCGCUUCUGUUCAAAUCAAUUCCCUGCGGCGUUUCAUACUAUUUUGGACGCACUCUUUAGUACGCUAGGAUGCGGAUUCGCCGUGUUUCCACCAGGCGCUUGCGUUGCGCCCCCUGGUGUCACGGUUCUGUAAGAGCUACCCAGGCAAGUUUCUCCCCCUCCUUCUCGGUGGAGCUGUGUAGUAGUAUCGGAAUGCGUCUCCUCCGCGACUGGUGAUGUCUUUGUCGGCGGGUCUCGCGUGCUUAUCGGUUGUUGCUUAGAAGCCGACCCGCCUGUUUUUUUCUCUCUCUUUUUUUUCUUUCUCCGGGAGGAUGAGCAGCACCGAAAGUGAUGUGGUGGAACAGGCGAGCUCUCAUCCCGAAUCGUCCACGAGCACCAAGAGCUCGCACCCACCGACCAGAGCAUCUCCCAGAGCAUCUCCCAGAGCAUCACCCAGAGCGGCGAACAGGCACGCGCCACGAGUUGCGGCCAACGGCGUGCACGACAUCGAGGACCGCAUUUUACGCAUGACGGGCUACUAUGGCUAUUACCCGGGAUAUUCCAGCCACAGGAGAGAUGAAGGUUCGGACUCCCACAUCGAGACUCCAGCCAGUGAGACGAGCGGCGAAGUCACCGCCUAUCAGACUUGUGCCAACGUAGUUCUGAAGGUCAUCGGCGGCCUGCUGUUGGUCCUGUGUGUUUCCUCAUCCUGGGUGGGCACCACUCAGGUGGUGCAGUGGACUUUUAAGUCCUUCUCUUGCCCUUUCUUCAUCUCCUGGUUUAGCACCAAUUGGAACAUCCUCUUCUUUCCUCUCUACUACUCUGGCCAUGUGGCCAUCACAAGAGAAAAGCAAACACCCAUUCAAAAAUUUAGGGAGUGCAGUCGAUUGUUUGGGGAAGAAGGAAUGACACUGAGGCUGUUUCUAAAGAGAACAGCACCUUUCUCCAUCUUAUGGACGCUGACUAAUUAUCUGUAUGUGCUGGCAUUGAGGAAACUUACAGCCACAGAUGUUUCAGCACUCUACUGCUGCCACAAGGCUUUUGUCUUCCUCCUGUCCUGGAUUGUGCUCAAAGACCGCUUCAUGGGUGUGCGGAUUGUAGCUGCUAUUAUGGCCAUCACAGGUAUUGUCAUGAUGGCCUAUGCUGAUGGAUUCCAUGGAGACUCAAUUAUAGGUGUGGCUUUAGCCGUUGGCUCGGCCUCCACCUCAGCACUUUACAAGGUUUUGUUUAAGAUGUUUCUGGGCAGUGCCAACCUGGGAGAAGUUGCUCACUUCUUCUCCACCAUGGGCUUCUUUAACCUGAUUUUCAUCUCCUGUGUGCCCCUCAUCCUCUACUUCACCAGGGUGGAGCACUGGGGCUCGUUGUCCUCUUUGCCAUGGGGUUACCUGUGUGGCGUGGCCAGCCUGUGGCUGGCUAUUGAUGUGCUGAAGCAUGAGGUGAUCUUCAGCGUGGUGCGUCUAGCCGCGACCUGCAUCAUCUGCGUCGGCUUCCUGUUGCUGCUGCUGCCUGAGGAGUGGGAUACCGUUACACUGCGCUUCCUUGCCACACUUGCUGACAAGAAAUCAGAAGAGCACGGCGAGGAGCUCACAGAGUCCAGCAUCAACAUGCGCAGCCGCAGCAGAGCCAACGGUGCUGUCUCGAUCCCCUUGGCAUGACCUAUGACCUCUAGACCUCGGCCCUAGAGCUAAUGAGUGCUAGAGAUCCGCCAUGAGGCAGUGUCUGAGUCAGGGGUAGUUUGGGUGUAUGAGUGGAGAUUCUGGAAGAAACAAAGUGGAGAGAAAGGAGAACUGGGAUUAUAACAUGCUGUGACAACAACAACAACGCAAUAUCAACUGUGUGGAUAGUGGCGGAGCUGAAAAUAUGAGGAUCAUAGCAUUACUUCUCUCUCUCCUUUAUGUGAGAUUAGAGAGGAGCAUUCUGCUGACUGUGCUGAGGAGGAAAUCUCCCUUUUUAAAAGAAAGGUUUAUUUAAAUUAUUUGUUUUUCUUGCUGGGAUUUCAUGUUCAUGGGAGUAAAUUUUCUUUAGGGAGAUGAACUCUCUUGAGUAAUGGAGUACAUAGCCUUUUCUGUUUGCACGCCUUCAUCCCAGCUAUGCCUGCUGAACCCUCACAUGGACUGUAUUCUGUGAAUAUAGACUCGAUCAGGGCCAAUUUGGCUCACUGUAUUAAAAAUGCAUGCAUCUGACAGAGAAAGAAUAUAUAAUACAAAUGUUAUUUACAUUGUAUCUGACGGCAUUAUGCUGUACAUAAGAUGGAGAAUAUAUAUUAUCCUAUAGAUGAACGGGGCCCCUCGUUUCUUCUUACACUGAAAAUUAAAGAUGAAAACCUGCCUCAAAAUGCUAUUUUUGGCAAACA